GCUUUUGUGCUAAAAUGGAGGCUGGCCUCUCGCCCUGAGUUGAUCGCCUUCCUGGUUGAGGUUUAGAUGUUGACAUGCAAUAAAUCUGGAGACAGGAUGGUUGUUGAUGCACCUAACUCCAAUGGGCCUUUCCAGCCGGUGGCUCUUAUGCACUUCAGAGAUGUGGCCCCGGCAGAGCAGGAGAAGCUCUUCAUCCAGAAGCUACGACAGUGCUGUGUCCUUUUCGACUUCCUGUCCGACCCGCUGAGCGACCUGAAAUGGAAGGAAGUGAAGCGGGCGGCGCUGAGCGAGAUGGUGGAGUACAUCACCCACAACAGGAAUGUCAUCACAGAGCCCAUCUACCCGGAGGUGGUGCACAUGUUUGCAGUGAACAUGUUCAGGACAUUGCCUCCAUCGUCCAACCCCACCGGAGCGGAGUUUGAUCCAGAGGAAGACGAGCCCACGCUUGAAGCUGCAUGGCCACACCUCCAGCUCGUCUACGAAUUUUUCCUUAGGUUUUUAGAAUCGCCCGACUUUCAGCCCAACAUAGCAAAGAAAUACAUCGACCAGAAAUUUGUUAUGCAGCUCCUAGAUCUAUUUGACAGUGAAGAUCCCAGAGAGAGAGACUUCCUAAAAACCACCCUCCACAGGAUCUAUGGAAAGUUCCUUGGGCUCCGAGCAUACAUCAGAAAACAGAUUAAUAACAUUUUCUAUAGGUUUAUCUAUGAGACAGAGCACCAUAAUGGUAUAGCAGAACUACUGGAAAUACUUGGAAGCAUAAUCAAUGGAUUUGCCUUACCACUCAAAGAAGAGCACAAGAUUUUCCUGUUGAAGGUUUUAUUGCCUCUGCACAAAGUCAAAUCACUCAGUGUCUACCAUCCACAGCUGGCCUACUGUGUGGUGCAGUUUUUAGAAAAAGACAGCACUCUUACUGAGCCGGUGGUAAUGGCUCUUCUAAAGUACUGGCCAAAGACUCACAGUCCCAAGGAAGUGAUGUUCCUCAACGAGCUGGAGGAGAUCCUGGACGUGAUCGAGCCCUCUGAGUUUGUCAAAGUACAGGAGCCUCUUUUCAGACAGUUGGCCAAGUGUGUGUCCAGCCCGCACUUCCAGGUGGCAGAGAGAGCCUUGUACUAUUGGAACAACGAGUACAUCAUGAGUCUGAUCAGUGACAACGCAGCCAAGAUUCUGCCUAUCAUGUUCCCUGCUCUGUACCGCAACUCUAAGACCCACUGGAACAAGACCAUCCACGGCCUCAUCUACAACGCUCUGAAGCUCUUCAUGGAGAUGAAUCAGAAGCUCUUCGAUGAUUGCACACAGCAGUUCAGGGCGGAGAAAAACAAAGAGAAGGCAAAGUCAAAAGAACGCGAAGAGGCUUGGAUCAAAAUCGAGAAUCUUGCCAAGUCAAAUCCACAGUUCUCUAUGUAUGUUGAUUCCUCUGACCUCAAUAGUCCUGUAGCAAUGGAGACGGAUAUCCCUUUGAUAGAAGAUGUUCAGAGGUUAAAAAAGACAGUUGAGGAGGGCGCGACUCAGUUGCAGCAUGACCAUCGGAAAGAGCGGCCUAUGGUGCGACGCAAAUCUGAGUUGCCUCAGGAUAUCUACACCACAAAAGCCUUGGAGUCCCACCGCAGAGCUGAAGACAUGUUGACCACCCACGAUGGACUCUAGUUAUCCUGUUACCUGCCGGCUCUUUUGGUUCAACUGCCCCCCUUUUACCCUCAAUAGAGACACGGACAUCCUCUCCGCCCAGUUGCCAGAAUUAUUGGUUAACCACGCUGGGCUCUCCAUCCAUCCUCCUCAACAUCAAUUUACCCACAAUCCUCGGUUCUCCUUCAUUCCUGCUGCCCCAGUGCAGACGCCCUGAAUCCCCCCCCCGUCCCUCUGAUUUCUGCUUUCUCAGGUUUUAUUUGUCUUUAUUUGGAGACGAGCGGGAGUGUGUUUGUGUGUCUCUUAGCCCUUGCCACGUUCAGUGUGUUCUGUAGUUAUCCCCCCUAUCAGUUCCGUUCUUUUCGCCCUCCAGCCGCCCCCCCCCC